AUGGCGCAUCCAAGGGCUCCUCUACUGUCGCACAUGUGCAGAUCGUGCAGAAACUCCUACCUCACACAAUCCCGACGCACCAUCUCAGAUUCAAGCCCGAGCUCCUCGAGGGACCCAGAGCGCCAGCCCAGCAGACUCUCUGAACGCCUAGGGAUCAAGGUCAAUGAGGAAGUUCCAACGAAGGAAACUGAUACUUUGAGCCAAUUCCAUGAGCUCCUACGCGGAGGUUCGAGCAGCAACGCUGCGGCACAGACCACGAACAGUUCAAUGCGCUCUAUCUUUCAAAGAGACCUCCGCAAUGUCGCACAAUCUGCACAAGCAGAAGCCACAACCUCUUCUUUCAGAAGCUCGUACACAGACGAACCGUACCACAUCAAUGUCUACGCGCACCGGCAUAACACGCAUAUCACAUUCACUGAACCUAACCGCAAUCCGAUCUUAUCCUUCUCAUGCGGCAAUCUGGGUCUGCGCAACGCGCAAAAAGCAUCCUACGACGCCAGUUUCCAAUUAGCAGCAUACACGUUUCGAAAAAUGGCAGAGAAGCAGUGGAAAAUAGGAGGCAGCAAAAGCAACAAACACAACAACAACCCAUGGUGCACCCUAUCAAGCAUCAAGAAACCUGCGUACAGUGGCUCUCCCGGUGCUGGGAUUGAGGUGAUCUUUCGAGGAUAUGGACCAGGAAGAGAGGCCUUUCAGAAGGCACUCCUGGGGACGGAGGGGAGGAUGAUUAAGCCUCUGAUCGCGAAGGUGACGGACGGGACGAGGUUGAAGUUUGGAGGAACCAGGAGUCCGCAGGUCAGAAGGUUGGGUUGA